CAUGUACAAACACCUCUGUUCCCCGCGUUAUAAGCAGCCGUCGAACGCUUGCACCCGCAGACGUGCGACCCUGAAUGAGCCUGAGAAGCCUCACCCCCGCUGUCUCGCCCCAGGACCGCCUCUCCCGCCUCACUUUAUUUGCCCUCAAGUUGGGCAGCUGAUACUGGCUGAGGCAGGAGGAGAUCGCUUUGUUUUAGUUUUUUCCUUAGACUGUGUUUUUCUGUGGCUCAGAGGAUCGCGGGCGCUGUGGCAUGAGGGGAGACGCUCCGCGGAGAGGCAUGAAGACCGCAUGUCUGUGGGCCAGCGCCGCGCUGCUGUCACUCGUCUCUCUGGUUACGAGCGCCGAUUCACCAGAGAGCUCAAAGUCCAAAAUGAAGCCCUACUGGACUGAAAGCAGCAAAGCCUUCUCCAUCAGCCGCCUGCUGUCCCAGAACCUGUACGGCAAAGAGAACUUCACGUCUCUGGACCUGAACUACGACGACGGGGACUCCUUCUCCAAGCACGAGCAGUGGAGCUGGCUUUACAACGUCUCCAACCCCCGCGACCCUCGACCCAGGACAAAGAGGAGGCCCAUCGUCAAGACCGGCAAGUUCAAGAAGAUGUUCGGCUGGGGCGACUUCCACUCCAACAUCAAGACGGUGAAGCUCAACCUUCUCAUCACCGGUAAAAUCGUGGAUCACGGCAACGGGACCUUCAGCGUCUACUUCCGCCACAACUCCACCGGUCAGGGCAACGUGUCCGUGGGACUGGUUCCUCCCACCAAAGCCGUGGAGUUCCAGGUGCAGCAGCAGCACCAGCAGUACCAGCAGCAGCACACGGCCCUGGAGACCAAGGACACCAAGCUCUUCAACUGCAGGGUGGAGUACGAGAAGGUGGAGAAGGGCACCAGGAACUCGCUGUGCGCCCACGACCCCUCGCAGAGCUGCCCGCAGGAGCAGACCCAGAGCCACGUGUCCUGGCUGUGCUCCAAGCCCUUCAAGGUCAUCUGCAUCUUCAUCACCUUCUACAGCACCGACUACAAGCUGGUGCAGAAGGUGUGUCCCGACUACAACUACCACAGCGACACGCCCUACCUCCCCACCGGGUGAUCGCGCCGCCGCAGGGGAGAGCGGAAAAAAGAGGAGGCAGCUGAGAUCAUUUGAAUAAGAAGGAGUCAAACCACGUCAAACUUGAGAUGCUGACGGGCAUCAUUGAAGCUAACAUACCCGCGUGGCUCCAAUGAACAGACCACCCCCAGGUCAUUGUGAGAGCUAUUAGGGAAGCAUUUAUUGCAAUACUCAUAUUAUAUGCAUAGCUGCUUACAUUGAAAGGAUGUAUUUAUGUAAAUAUUGUUGAUUCCACACAAAGAAAACCAGAGCAGAAAACAAUUUUAGUGUUUUCUCCUCCUAAUUAAGUUGAUUUUGUUGAUAGCAUAUUUCCAUCGCAAUCAUACCUUCUGUCUUUUCCAAUCAGUCACGAGUAAUCAUUGCAAACACAUACAUGUCGAUGGAAAUAGAAGCAACCUGUCAGCGUGCAUUAGAGGGCAUAAUGGAAAACGCAGGCAUUUUCUGAGUGCUGUUGUUUCCUGCAGUGUGAUCCACGUCCAUGCAUGAACCGAAUGUGCUGAGCAUCUAAGUACUGUCCAUCUCUGCUUUCAUGUUAGUGCGCAUUUCACAUAUAACCUUCGUGUAGCCAGAAAAAAGAGAAAAAAGCAGCCCUUCUAUUUUAAUUCUGUGUCGUGUGUGAGCGGACGCGAGGAUCGUGCACAGUUAAGACACCGUCGGAUCAGACGAGCGCUAGUUAAAUGCUGCAGUAAAUAAAGAAAACUUGCAGAGACACGCGGAUGACAGAGACACAAAGAUCAUUUUCUGCGCUGCUCUCAUGAAACAAAAUCAAAAGUCAUUACUGUGCUCUGAUUCCGCUGCCGCUCCAAUCCUGCAUUUCCAUUUUUGACAUUAAAUGUUGCUCUUUUCUUUGACUUACAACGAGUCCGGUAUAAUAAAUUUCGACUCUUGCAUCACCACCAUGACAGGCAGCCAGUAGUAAGACUGUGCCCCCACAUCAUCCAAAAAUAACGACGGGACGAUCAUUUAUAUGGAAAAGUGCCAGACGAUGUGAAAAAACAAGGUCGAAACAUCCGAUAUUAAAAAAAAAUCCGAUAUUAGACGAGAAAGAAGAAAGGGCGCACGUUGUGAGGAAGACGAUUAUCACACAACACGUGUGAUGUGAGAAGACAGGACAUACGUUUAACAGCAGGUGCUAAUCACACAUUCCACCUCACCAACGUUCGCACCUCUGCCUAUCAAAAAAGCGCAGAUUCAGGAUGGGACUAACGCUGCUCUUAAUGAUAUUGGCUGUUCCAAUUGGCUAUUAAACCUUCAUUACAUAGAUUGGGAGCCAGUGGCUCCACAUGAAGCAUUUAGUGGAAAUGAACGCAGUGUAAGUGGGAGCUCUGCAGAGUCAACACCACAGAAAGAAUAAAUUAAAGCGCCGAUAGAAAACCUGUAAAAAAGUAGAAAUGUGCACCUGGGGCCACAAUCGCUGCUGUCUAUCUGAAUCCAGUGCUCUUUUACAGUGUGCUCUACGGUAUAUGAAACACGGCGGCGGCUAAUGGCGGCCUGGACCGCGGCCAACGUGCCAACGUGGGCUGUAUUUUGCGACAAGGCGGCCGGAGAAUGGAGGUGUGCCUGUAGGAUGAGUGCGCAUAAAGAGGAAUUUAUGAUGAGGACGAGCGCGUCUGGCAGGAAGCACUGGAAGCACCUGACUGUAAAUCCACAGCAUGUUUCUGUCAGCGGCAAGAACCAAUGACUAAUGUCUCUGAUUGCCGCUCGGGCCGCUUCUUUCCUCUCAAUAAAGUGACUGUGAUAUCUCCCCACCCGCGCCCAAAUGUGCCGGGGACAGUUUGUUCAGCUUCCAGGAAUUCAAGCAGCACUUCGCCGAGACAAUGCAGCCUCAUUAUGCACAUAAUCUUACAAGUGUAAACAGCCUGGCACCGCCGCGCUGCCGAGACGCGGAUCUGUUCGCUGACUGACGUCGUCCGAGGGCGAGUGCCGCUCGCCGCGCGUCGUCUGGCGCCGAGGGCGAAAUAACGACGCGAUCCGCGCUCGUGCCCGGAGCCGCGCGCGCGCGCCGCUGACGCUGACGCGCGGGAGAAGCCGCCCGCGACGAAGCCGCACGCGGUGGCGGCGCGCGCGGCUCCGCGGAGCUCCUCUCCGCGCCGCCUCCGCGCUCGCCGUUUUCAUUUUACGGUGUGCGAUUUCGCCGUCGCGGUUCGCGCCGCCGAGCGGCGUCGGCGAACGCACGCGCAGCAACGCGACGAGGCUGCGAGACAGUAAAUACGGGUUUUACGGUAGCCGGGAAAACGCCUGCAGAUGAAUAAUGACGUCCCCAAGUCUCUGUCUCCACGUUGGCACCGGAAAAUCAAUGAGUGCAGGUUAAAAACAUUUGACUCGUAUUUUUAUUUAAGCAAAGCGCUGACUUAAGAAAACCCCUUUAUAAUGUAACAAAAGCAAAAACCAGGAUUUAAUUGUUCCCUCUAGUAUUAGCCUCAUUUUCAGAGCCAACCUUUGGUUAACUCUCGGAUCACUUAUUGUACCUUUAAUAGAACCCAGUGAAAUAAUUAAACGGAGGGACUGUAGACGCUGGAGUUAUGUAUUUGAAGCACAGGAGAAACAGCUUUUCAGAAAUUAAAUUCAAACCAAUUUCUAAUAUCUAAUAAGCUCAAUUCAGCAGUAAAUCUCUUCCUUAGAGUCUAAUUUGCACAACUGGGAGAGGUUGGCUUCAUUUAACUCCUCUUGAAGGCGAACAUUUUUUAAAUUAUGUUAAUUUCAGGCCCAUUUUACCCGGCAACAAGAUAAACUUGCUAUUUCCUUAGAGGAACUGUCCGUUUAAUAAGCUCUGUGCGCGGACGAAUGCGGCAGCAUUGCAACCCGGCGCCGCCCGGUCCUCUAAGUUAUCUUUGGACCCAGAUCUUCUCCCUCGGUUCAGUCGUCCUGGGCCGGAGCCAUCCAUGCCUGCCGUCUAUCCCCUAGCUUGCCCACAAUCCCUGAUUAAUGUGGUCUGGGCGGGAGCUGUCAGAAAUGGCAGAGAGAAUCAUGGGAUUUCUCCUUCAGAGUCCCAAUGACACCCAGCAGCUGCAGGAGUAAACAGAUGACUAACCACUGGCCUUUUGGCAGCCUGUGGAGAUUCACAGUGAGGGAGGGCUGCGAACGUUGCUUUGACAUUUAGGUGGAUUAGAAAGUUCUUGGGUUCUGCUCUCGUGGUGUCAGAGGUGGCUGGCAUAGUAAUUAUUUGCAUCUUGGUUUCCUUCCGCCUGACCCGCAGCCGCGGCGAAACACCCGACGCCGCCCUCUUCUGCUACAGAUGAGAGUUCAGAUGAAAUGUUUAAGUAUAAAACAUCCCGGCGCCUCAUUUAUAAACAAAUCACAUUCUGUUUGUGCCACAGCGGCAAAUAACAGGUAUAAAACAACAACCAAUUGUCAUUUCACAUCAUGUCCUGCUGCAGAAUUCAUUUCAAAUCUGGGGCUGAAGCAGUCCUGAGGCACCGCAUUGUGUGAGGUAUUGACAUAUUAAAGGUUCCAUCAGACAA